UGGAAAAGUCGACUCUGACUUUAGUCGAAAAUCGAUCUUUUAUUAGAAAUAAUAGACUUUUUAGGAUCGAUUCAUGCUUGUCUUGAAUCGAUUAAAAUCGACUUUUACUCGAUGACUUUGACAGUUGAUGAAUUAAGAUAAUCACUAUAAGAUUACUUUUAAAAUCACAAUACAAAGUACCAAUCGAAGCGUUUCUUUAUAAAUAGCCUCUUUCUGAUUUUCUGAUUGGUCUAUAACAAUAUAAUGUUUAUAUUGCCGCCGGUAAUUGAUGUAAUUAACUUUUUAAUAUACGGUACAUAGUAUUGAACAAUUCUUUAUCAUGGCUCCCAGUUUGAUAUGGGCCUAUUGCACAAAAGUUAACAAUGGCAGUAAAGUUAAGUGUGAUUUAUGUCAUAAACAGUUUUUGUUUAAUAAAAGCACAUCAAUGAUGAAGCACUUACAAUGUGCUCAUAAGAUUGCUCCUCCGUCAAGUAAUGAAAGAUUGAAUGACAGUCACAAUGAUUUCGAAGUUCAGCCUAAAAAAGUUUUAGUCGCUGUCGAAUCAUCUGUUCCAUCGGUUGCUUUGGUACCUCAAACAAAAUCAUCUGUUCAAGAAAAUUCCACAGUACAAUCUCAGGUCCAAGGUCCUAUGGAUCGUUGUAUAAACAAUGCUAAUUCUUUUUCAGAAACUGAGAUGAAGACUGUUGAGCUGGGCGCUUAUCUCAUGGAAGAGAGGAAAACAAUAGAAAAUUUGAGCUUGAAAUUAAGAAAUAUAUGCAAUGACUGGGGUCUUGAUGAUAGUAAAAUAGCAGCAUUCGUUUCAGACGGGGGCGCAAACAUCAAAGGAGCUAUUAAAAGUGAGUUCGGCGAUGGGGAACACAUUUCAUGUUUUGGACAUGUAAUAAAUAAUAUUGGUCAGCGCCUUAUCGAAGUUAAUAUUACUCCACCUGCAUCUGAAUCUCGAAAUCAAGUUUCCGACUUACCCGCUGAUGAAAAUGAUGCUAUUGACAAUCUUGAAGACUUAAUUACAGAUCAUACUGAGCAAUCCUCAUUGCGUGAGCUAUUGUCAAAAGUUAAACAAAUUGUCACAUUCUUUCGACAAAGUGAAAGAGCGACUACAGAGCUGCUGAAAUUACAGAAGGACAAGCCUGAAAAUUCUCGUCUGAAAUUAAUUCAGGAAGUGCGAACGAGAUGGAACUCCUGUUUUGAAAUGGUUGACCGUUUCAUUGUGCUUGCUGAUCAUGUCAGUAAAGUGCUUUUACAAGUGAAGAUGGACAAAUCUUUGAAAGCUAAGCCACCUAACAUGAUCACAGGUGAGGAAAUCGAUGCGUUAGUAGAAGUUCGUGACAUCUUAAAACCUCUCUUGCAAAUAACUCAAGAAGUUUGUUUUGAGAAAUGUGUAACAUUGAGCAAGUGCAUUCCUUUGAUUUCAAGUCUUAGAAAAAAGAUUGAAGAGUUAACGCCAGAAACUUUAAUUGGGCGACAUUUGAAAAAGAGAAUGGUUUAAGACAUCGAAACAAAAUACGGCAAUAUUGAAUCCGUAAAACUGUACGCUUGUGCAUCAUUGGUUGAUCCUCGUUAUAAAAAGUUUGGUUUUCAAAGUAUUCGGGAUUCUGCACGAGCGGUAACUAAUGUCGCUGAUCUUGUCAAGACAGAACGAAAAUUAGCAUUGGCAGCAGCGGUGGCAAAUAUUAACCCUCAAGAUGAGAUAUUAGCUAUUUGAGGUCCGGAAUCUCAGAAAACGAACGAUGACAAUGAUGAUUUAUGGUCUUAUUUUGAUAACACUGUGAGUUGUAGUUCCUAUCUUGCAGAUUCUGAUGAGGCUGGAGGAUUACCAAUACAAUUACGACAAUAUUUGACACGCCCGGCUGUCAAUCGGAAACAAAAUCCUAAUCCGUUCACUGUGUGGGAAAGUAUGAAAUAUGAAUAUCCGUAUCUAUGGAAAGUAGCUAAAAAGUACUUGCCAAUAGUUGCAACGUCUGUACCCUGUGAGCGAUUAUUUUCACAUGCAGGACUUAUCGCAAAUCAGUUGAGGAGUCGCUUAUCACCUCAGCACAUUAAUGAGCUAAUAUUUUUAAGAUCAAUCGGCGAAGAAAUGUGGUUUUCGUAGUUAUUUAUUUUUAAAUUUUUUGUUUUUUAAUUAAAAAAAGCAAUUUUAUUAUCCAAUACCAAAAUGUAUGCAAUGAAAUCCUAAAAUACUUUUUAUAAUAUGUUAAAAACUAAAAAAAUAUUGAUAUAUCUAAUGAAUUUCGUGUACGAGUUGCUUAAUUUAUAAAAAGUCAACUUAAGUCACAAAAGUCGACUAUCGGGGUUGAUUAAUUGACUUCCAGAAUCGAAAAACUAGAAGUCAAUUCCAAAGUCAAAAAUCGAUUCCGCUCGCGCUCUUUC